GUCCACUGACUGUCAAAGUGAGAAUAUUGACAACUAGCAAACAGGAGCAGCUAAAAAUUGUCUAAUUUGUAUUGUAGUUUUUAGUUUUAUUAACUGAAUUAUUUGGAUUAAAAUAGUAUUAUCAUGUCUCAAUUAAAAGAAAACAACCCUAGAAUUAACGCGGAAAAAGUUCCUCUAGAAACAGACCAAGGAAUUUUGGAAAGUGAAGAAAGAAAAUGGGGCCUCCCAUUAAAAGAAGUGUAUAAACACGGCCUCUCCUUUUACAAAGAAAAGGAAGGAAAGGCUCUACAUUUAAGCUAUGAGGACAGGUUAAAGCUAGUGGCUUACACACAGCAAGCUGCACAUGGACCCUUAGAUCCAAAUUCAGCUCCUCCACUGGGAGUUCUGGAUGUGAUAGGAAGAGACAGACGAGCAGCUUGGCAAGCACUGGGUCAAAUGUCACAAAUACAAGCUAUGGCUGGCUUUGUUCAUACUUUAGACAGAUUAUGCCCAUUGUUCAAACCAUACUUUGAGGCUAUACAAAAGAACUUAGAGAAUAUAAAACAACAGGAACUGAAGAAACUAGAGGAAGAACGAGCUCAUGAAGAGUUGCAGAACAGAAUACUUAUAGAGAGACAAAAACAGCAGAAUAAUAUAUUAACAGAGGAGCAACAGGUGCAAAGAAUAAAAGACGCACUCAACGCUCAAACGUACGAACAAUUUCUACAAUACGCUCAACAGCAGUUUCCUGGCAAUUUCGACCAGCAGGCCAUCCUGAUCAGACAGCUGCAGGACCAGCAUUAUCAACAGUACAUACAGCAGCUGGCGAUGGACCAGAGACUGUCGAAUUCCAGUCUUAAGGACGUGGAUGAAUACGAGAACGAGAUAGCCAAAGAUUGUGAAAAUACGAAAGAGGAAAUAUUAGAGAAUUCCGAAUUAAAUGAAACAGAAGAUGCUGCAUUAAAUAAUAAUAAAUCGAUGCAGACGACGGAAAAAGUCGAUGAAGUCAUCGAAUAUGUUGAGGAGCCUAGAGCGGAAGAUGAGUCAGAUGGCGAUGAGUUCCCGUCGGUGAGCGCGGCGCGGAUGUGGACGACGGGCUCGCGCGGCGAGGUGAGCCGGUUCAAGGCGGGCGCGGCGGCGGGCGGCGGCCGCGUGGUGGUCCCGCGCGGCGACACGCUCACCCUGCGCGUGCCCACGCACCCGCGCGCCUCCUGCCUCGCCUGGGAGUUCGCCACCGACGACUACGACCUCGGUUUUGGCGUGUACUUUGAAUGGGGCAAGUCACCGACCACCGAAGUCACUAUGCAGCUGUCGGAGAGCGACGAAGAAGAGGACGCUGAUGACGAUGGAUACGACGAUGAUGAGUACGGGGAGCAGGCGGCCGGGGACCCGGAGCGGGGCGCGGGGGGCGCGGGGGGGGCGGGGGCGGCGGGCGGGGCGGGGGGCGCGCGGCCGCUGCUCAGCCUCGUCGUCUCCAUCUACCGCCGCGACUGCCACACAGAGGUGUAUGCUGGCUCCCACAGAUAUCCAGGUGAAGGCGUGUAUUUACUUAAAUUCGAUAACAGCUACAGCCUCUGGCGGUCAAAAACUUUAUAUUAUAAAAUAUACUACACUCAGUAAAAAAUUAUGCUAAGCAAACAUAGGUACAUGACAGAUUAUAAUAAAUGUAAUAAUUGAUGUACGUGUAAAUGUUACACCGUUAGAGUCGUGGUCUAGGGUGCAUAGGACCCUCAAAACUUGCCUUUUUAAGUAAUCCACUCGCCCUAUAUAUCUUGCGGCUCAUGGGUGCAUGGGCGGCGGUAAUCACUUACACCAAAUUGCAAAUUUGGGAAUUGCAAGUGCAUUGCCGCCUUUUAAGAAGGAAUAAGCUAU